GUUCCUAUGGCAACAGGAAAACACCCCGCGAGCGGGACGCGGAGAGACGAAGGCCGCUUCCUUAUGGGCGCGAGGGUAAAAAGGGACCCGGGGGUGGGACGAGGGGAAGGGAGGCUCCGAGGAGGGGGAAGCCGCCACCACUGCCCUCGGGGGGCGCAGAAACGCGGAAGGGAAUAUGGUAGAACCUGUGCCUGCAUUUCUUGGAGCAUUCACAUGUGCGCGCACACAGAGGUUCUGUUUGUGUGGUGACGCUUCCUAACUUUCAGGUGGGGAUUCUUUGGCCUUCUCCUUGGUGACGAAGGGCUCUUCCAGACGAAGGGUGGUUUAUUUGGCAUUCGCCCUUAUUUGUUUGCUGUUGAAGGCGCAUUCCCCGUUUGUGGGAAGUUAUUUUACCCGGCAUAUCAGCAAGUGUUACCUGCUCUACACCCACCGUGCUUUCCAGUAUAUAUUUCCAUCAUUUUCCUUACCGCAAAAAAAUCUGCUCUUUUGGGAAAGUGCAGGGUAUUGGGGGGUGGGGUGGAUGCAAAACUGCCAAACCAACUCGAGAAUUACACAACCUGAAUCCCACCUUAAAUAGCAGCAGUCUGGAAGCUGCUCGCUUUUAAAUCCUGAUUUACUCUUCCCUGGGAAAGUCCCUUUGAAGUUUUGAAGAAACCUAUAGUCUUUGCCAGCUGCCUAAAAGUCCUUAAAGAGGGAGCCACGCAGGCACCUCUCAUAAAAUGUUUUAAAAGUCUUGGCACCACCACUGAAAAGACCCCUCCCCCGUUUGUGUUUUCCUACCUAGUGUCAGAGAAAGGUGCUCUGAAGCUAAUCUUAAUGUUUGAGGAGAUACAUUUGGGGAGGUAUCACGCACCAGUGCUAUUCCAACCCUUAUGCCCCAAAAGAGAGAACUUUGAAUGGAGGUCAGAAAUACACUGGUUGCAAAUGGAGACGGCUUAAUAUUGAACUCAUAUGACCUGAUCUAUUGGCUCCCGGGUAAUAAUCUAUCAGAUUCCUUUUAACCAGUUGAAGUUUCCAAACCACCUGCAAAGGCAGCUUCACAGAUAGAGUACAUUGCUGCAAUCCAAUCUAAAUGCGACUGUUAUUAAGCAUUUACAAUGCAAUCUAGAAGACGUGUUGAUGAAGCCACUUUUAUCUUCAUUUAAACAAAUUGUAUAACAAUAACCCCCUUCAUGGAUCACUGCCUUGCCGUGGCGAAGGGGCUUGAAUAACUCAGAGAAGCUAUGAACUAUGCCGAGCAGGGCACCCAAGAUGAACAGGUCAUAGUGGAGAGUUUUGACCAAACGUGAUCCACCUGGAGGAGGAACUGGCAAGCCACUCCAGUAUCCCUGCCAAGAAAACUCCAUGGACAAAGACAACAGGCAUAUAAAAGUUAUGACGCUGGAAGAUGAGCCCCUCAGGUCGGAAGGCGUCCAACAUGCUACUGGGGAAGAGCGGAGGACAAGUACAAGUAGAUCCAGAGCUGAUGAAGCGGCUGGGCCAAAGCCGAAAGGACGCUCAGUUGCGGAUAUGCAUGGAAGCGAAAGGAAAGUCCAAUGCUGUAAAGAAAAAUCUUGCAUAGGAACCUGGAAUGUAAGAACCAUGAACCUGGGUAAGUUGGAUGUGGUCAAAAAUGAGAUGGCAAGAAUAAAUAUUGACAUCCUGGGAAUCAGUGAACUGAAAUGGACAGGAAUGGGCGAAUUCAGUUCGGAUGACUAUCAUAUCUACUACUGUGGGCAAGAAACCCAUAAAAGAAAUGGAGUGGCCCUCAUAGUCAACAAAAGAGUGGCGAAAGCUGUACUGGGAUUCAAUCUCAAAAAUGAUAGAAUGAUCUCGAUACGAAUCCAAGGCAGACCUUUUAACAUCACAGUAAUCCAAGUUUAUGCACCAACUACUGGUGCUGAAGAAACUGAAAUUGACCAAUUCUAUGAAGACUUACAAGACCUUAUAGAAGUGACACCAAAGAAGGAUGUUCUUCUCAUUAUAGGGGAUUGGAAUGCUAAAGUAGGGAAUCAAGAGAUAAAAGGAACAACUGGCAAGUUUGGCCUUGGAGAUCAAAACGAAGCAGGGCAAAGGCUAAUAGAGUUCUGUCAAGAGAACAAGCUGGUCAUCACAAACACGCUUUUCCAACAACACAAGAGACGACUCUACACAUGGACAUCACCAGAUGGGCAACAUCGAAAUCAGAUUGAUUAUAUUCUCUGCAUGCCAAAGAUGGAGAAGCUCUAUACAGUCAGCAAAAACAAGACCUGGAGCUGACUGUGGCUCAGAUCAUCAGCUUCUUAUAGCAAAAUUCAAGCUUAAACUGAAGAAAGUAGGAAAAACCACUGGGCCGGUAAGAUACAAUCUAAACCAAAUCCCUUAUGAAUACACAGUGGAAGUGAGGAACAGGUUUAAGGAUUUAGAUUUGCUGGACAGAGUGCCUGAAGAACUAUGGGUGGAGGCUCGCAACAUUAUACAGGAGGCAGCAACUAAAACCAUCCCAAUGAAAAAGAAAUGCAAGAAAGCAAAGUGGCUGUCCAACAAGGCCUUAUAAAUAGCGGGGGAGAGAAGGCAAGCAAAAUUCGAGGGAGAUAGUGAAAGAUACAGGAAAUUGAAUGCAGAUUUCCAAAGAAUAGCAAGGAGAGACAAGAAGGCCUUCUUAAACGAGCAAUGCAAAGAAAUAGAGGAAAACAACAGAAUGGGAAGAACCAGAGAUCUGUUCAGGAAAAUCGGAAAUAUGAAAGGAACAUUUCGUACAAAGAUUACCAUAAUAAAGGACAAAAGUGGUAAGGACCUAACAGAAGCAGAAGACAUCAAGAAGAGGUGGCAAGAAUACACAGAGGAAUUAUACCAGAAAGAUAUGGAUGUCUCGUACACCCCAGGUAGUGUGGUUGCUGACCUUGAGCCAGACAUCCUGGAGAGUGAAGUCAAAUGGGCCUUAGAAAGCACUGCAAAUAACAAGGCCAGUGGAAGUGAUGGUAUUCCAGCUGAACUAUUUAAAAUUUUAAAAGAUGAUGCUGUUAAGGUGCUACACUCAAUAUGCCAGCAAGUUUGGAAAACUCAGCAGUGGCCAGAGGAUUGGAGAAGAUCAGUCUACAUCCCAAUCCCAAAGAAGGGCAGUGCCAAAGAAUGCUCCAACUACCGCACAAUUGCACUCAUUUCACACGCUAGCAAGGUUAUGCUUAAAAUUCUACAAGGCAGGCUUAAGCAGUAUGUGGACCGAGAACUCCCAGAAGUGCAAGCUGGAUUUAGAAGAGGCAGAGGAACCAGAGACCAAAUUGCAAACAUGCGCUGGAUUAUGGAGAAAGCUAGAGAGUUCCAGAAAGACAUCUACUUCUGCUUCAUUGACUAUGCAAAAGCCUUUGACUAUGUCAACCACAGCAAACUAUGGCAAGUUCUUAAAGAAAUGGGAGUGCCUGAUCACCUCAACUGUCUCCUGAGAAAUCUCUAUGUGGGACAAGAAGCUACAGUUAGAACUGGAUAUGGAACAACUGAUUGGUUCAAAAUUGGGAAAGGAGUACGACAAGGUUGUAUAUUGUCUCCCUGCUUAUUUAACUUAUAUGCAGAAUUCAUCAUGCGAAAGGCUGGGCUGGAUGAAUCCGAAGCCGGAAUUAAGAUUGCCGGAAGAAAUAUCAACAACCUCAGAUAUGCAGAUGACACAACCUUGAUGGCAGAAAGUGAGGAGGAAUUAAAGAACCUUUUAUUGAGGGUGAAAGAGGAGAGCACAAAAUAUGGUCUGAAGCUCAACAUCAAAAAAAACGAAGAUCAUGGCCACUGGUCCCAUCACCUCCUGGCAAAUAGAAGGGGAAGAAAUGGAGGCAGUAAGAGAUUUUACUUUCUUGGGCUCCAUGAUCACUGCAGAUGGUGACAGCAGUCACGAAAUUAAAAGACGCCUGCUUCUUGGGAGAAAAGCAAUGACAAACCUAGACAGCAUCUUAAAAGUAGAGACAUCACCUUGCCAACAAAGGUCCGUAUAGUAAAAGCUAUGGUUUUCCCAGUAGUGAUGUAUGGAAGUGAGAGCUGGACCAUAAAGAAGGCUGAUCGCCGAAGAAUUGAUGCUUUUGAAUUAUGGUGCUGGAGGAGACGCUUGAGAGUCCCAUGGACUGCAAGAAGAUCAAACGUAUCCGUUCUUAAGGAGAUCAGCCCUGAGUGCUCACUGGAAGGGCAGAUCCUGAAGCUGAGGCUCCAAUACUUUGGCCACCUCAUGAGAAGAGAAGACUCCCUGGAAAAGACCCUGAUGUUGGGAAAGAUGGAGGGCACAAGGAGAAGGGGACGACAGAGGAUGAGAUGGUUGGAUGGUGUUCUUGAAGCUACCAGCAUGAGUUUGAUCAAACUGCGGGAGGCAGUGGAGGACAGAAGUGCCUGGCGUGCUCUGGUCCAUGGGGUCACGAAGAAGAAGAAGAAGAAGAAGAAGAAGAAGAAGAAGAAGAAGAAGAAGAAGAAGAGUUUGGAUUUGAUAUCCCGCCUUUCACUCCCUUUAAGGAGUCUCAAAGCGGCUAACAUUCUCCUUUCCCUUCCUCCCCACAACAAACACUCUGUGAGGUGAGUGGGGCUGAGAGACUUCAAAGAAGUGUGACUGGCCCAAGGUCACUCAGCAGCUGCAUGUGGAGGAGUGGAGACUCGAACCCGGUUCCCCAGAUUACGAGACUACCGCUCUUAACCACUACACCACACGAAGAGUCGGACAGGACUAAACACCAACAACAACAACAAGGAAAGAGGCGGAUUUGCCCUGCCAGACCUCAAACUUUACUAUGAAUCAGCAGCUUUUUGCUGGCUGAAAGAAUGGCUACUUCUUGAAAACACUGACAUUUUGGACUUGGAAGGUUUUAACAAUGUAUUUGGAUGGCAUGCAUAUUUAUGGUAUGAUAAGGUCAAAGCACAUAAAGCAUUUAGAAACCACAUUGUCAGGAAAGCGCUAUUUAAUGUUUGGUUAAGAUAUAAGGACUUGUUAGAAAACAAAACUCCAAGGUGGCUGUCACCAAUGGAAGCGAAAGCCUUGAAAAAGCUCAAUAUGGAGGUCAAAUGGCCGAAAUAUUGGGAAAUUUUGGAACAAGAUGUAGAUAGACUGAAAUUGCAGAGUUUUGAAAAACUAAAAAACAAAGUGCGAGACUGGCUUCAUUAUUACCAGAUAAUGGAGGCAUUUAAAUUGGACAAGAAAAUUGGCUUCCAGGUGGAAAGAUCAAAAUUAGAAACAGAACUGUUAGAACCCAAAACUAAGAAUUUGUCAAGAAUGUAUAACUUGCUGCUGAAAUGGAAUACUCAGGAUGAAACGGUAAAAUCGGCUAUGAUUAAAUGGGCACAGGACGUUGGACAUAACAUUAUGUUUGCUGACUGGGAACAGUUGUGGACCACAGGUAUGAAAUUUACGGCAUGUAAUGCCUUAAGAGAGAAUAUUAUGAAAAUGAUAUACAGGUGGUACAUAACCCCAGUCAAGCUUGCAAAAAUCUAUCAUUUGCCCGAUAACAAAUGUUGGAAAUGUAAAGAAACUGAAGGUACAUUUUUCACCUUUGGUGGACGUGCCCAAAGAUUAAGGCUUUCUGGGAAAUGAUAUAUAAUGAAUUAAAAAAGGUAUUUAAAUAUACCUCCCUAAGAAACCAGAGGCCUUUCUCCUGGGCAUAGUCGGCCAAAUGGUGUUAAAAAAGGAUAGAACUUUCUUUAUGUAUGCAACAACAGCAGCAAGAAUACUCAUCGCAAAGUAUUGGAAGACACAAGAACUUCCCACGCUGGAGGAAUGGCAGAUGAAACUGAUGGACUAUAUGGAACUGGUGGAAAUGACUGGCAGAAUCCGUGACCAGGGAGAAGAGUUGGUGGAGGAAGAUUGGAAGAAAUUCAAAGAUUAUCUUCAGAAACAUUGCAAAAUUAAGGAAUGUUAGAGUGAUGUUGGUUCGAAAAUAAGUGGUUUCCAGCUGUACAGGUCAAAGUUAUUGAUAGACUAAGAUUAAAGAUUAGGAUUAAAGAUUUUUAAGGAAAUGGAAAUUUGGUUAUAUCAAGAUUAAAGAUUGGGAUUAAAAAAGUGGAAAAGAAAUUGCUGGACAAACAAUUUGGACUGGAAUACAAAAGAGGGAGGUAUGAGGAAGUCCAGAAAAUAAGUAAAUUCAAAAACGGAAAUGGAAAAGUGAUAUUGUUUUUAAUUGUUCUGUUUGUUUUUUUUAGUUUUUUUUCUUGUAUUUUGUUUUCUGUGUAUUCUUGUGUAUACUUUUAUGUUUUUUUGUUUAACUUUUAUUGAAAUUUUAAUAAAAAUUAUUUAAAAAAAACAACAACAACAACAACAACAACAUAACAAUAACAAAUAGGCUCGUUAUUUUUUAUUCAAAUCCAAUUUUGUUUACUUUGUAAAUUAGGGCAGCAGUUUGUAAACUACAUUGUCUGAAGCGUUCUUAUUCAAGGCCGGCCCACCUGUGACCAAGGUGAGGUGACUGCCUCAGGUGGCAGGAUGUACAGUAUUGGGGCAGCAGAUCUGUCCUCCAAGGAAUGCAGUGGACGCUGCCGCUGGUGGCUUGAGGCACAGCUGGUCUCCUCCCAGCCCUAGGCAGGAAAUGGUGAGGGCUCCCCUCUGUUUUCUCCUGGGUGCUGCACCUGCCUGGUUCAAAAGGGGCCCCUUUCUCCCCGCCACAACUGCUUUUGAUACCCACUUCAACCAUCGAGUAAGGUUGAUUUGAUUCCCUCACCCUACCCUAGUUCCCGAUGUAGAUCCUUAUUUCACCCUUGUUCCUGGGGUAGAUCUUCACUCGCCCUUUCUGCCCUGGCUCCAUUUUGUGGUUCACCUCAGGUGCCUAAGUGUCUUGGGCCAGCCCUACUCUUAAAUCUGUGAAGAAACACCAAGGAUCCUGUUAGAUAGAGAGAGGGGUUUGUGCAAUACUGUUUCUGUCCAUCUUUUUGAAAAGUUCCAUUUUGCUUCUCCAACAAUGUACUUAUAUGUGUGAAUGAAAAUUGGUACUGUAUAGAAGGCAACCACUAUUUUCCCGAUGCCGUUCUUCAUUUAGUGCACAUAAUUAGUUUUCAUAAAGUCAGGAAAAUGAACGAUAAAUCCUUGUUCUGGUCCAUUGGUUCUUUGUAUAGGAUAAUCCAGGUCCAAGCAUUUUUCUGCAAUGGAAAUUAAACCCUCCAGAAGCCAGCAAAAGCGUGGGUAAGUCUGUAACUUGAAAGAUACAAGUAUAUACAAGUAGCAGCCAUUUUGCACACUUUCAAUUGGCAUGCAACCACCAACGCACAUGUCAUUUUCAGACCCAGAAGAGGGUGGAAAGGGGCAGGGGUGUAAUGGGAUGGGCUGGACGUGUGUCUGGAGCGCAGGUGGGAAGCUGCCUGUACCUAAAAAUAACAAACAGCCUGAUUCUAUGCAUUUUUACUCAGAGGUAAGCUCUGUUGUAUUCUGUGGGUCUUACUCCUCGGUAAGUGUGUGAGCCCCAUUGAAUUUACUGGAAAUUACUCCUGAGUAAAUACCCAGAGAAUGAAAUACCCAGAGAAUGUAUGAAAGCCUUUAAGUUCCAGUGCAUCACUUCUGCAUGAUAUAGUGGAAGCAAGCCAUUUUUAAACUGAGUGUAUGAUGUUAUCAUUGUGGAUUGUAAAAGAAUAAACUUGUAAGUUCAAAGAGUUUAGAUUAUGUUACUAUCUAUUAUUGAAACCAUUGUAAAAAAUGCUUUUCUUUAUCAAAGCCACCAGCAUUUAUUACCUCCUGGUUUCCCUCCUUGCAGGGGGCAUUCUACUUUUGCUUUUAUUUUUUUCUAUGUUUUCUGCAGAAACUAUAUAUAAAUUUUGUGUAAUCGUUUUGUUUGUCAAUAUCUCACCUAAAUUAUGAAAUGUAAAAUAGUAAGUCCAGUUCUGGUUAUAGACAAAAUUAUCUUGUAUAAUUUUUUUAAUGAGGGAAGUUAAAAAAAAUGCAAAACUAAUGAAUUGCUAAUUGUUUGAAUGAUAUAUCUUAAAAUGUAUUAUUUGAAGGAAACAUUCAAGACAUUCAACAUCUAAAACGGAUGCUGUCGUAGAAUUGUACCUCAGUGAGGAACAUGAAAAAGAAAGUAGAGCAGCAACGGUUAUUCAGAGAGCCUGGAAAAGAUGGCUGGUAAGUUGGAAGUGCUACUUCUCUAUACAUUUCCUCAGAAUAAUCUGCUUCUGGGGUUUCUCUAGUAUGAGUUAGGUUUUUUGGUUUUGGUUUUAAUUUUCUGUGGUUUUCUAGAUCAUAGCUUAUAACUAUAAUCAAUGUUGUAAUUCCAAGGAACAAUGGUAAAUGUUUAUCUGUGUUUUUGUAGUUUUAUCUGUAAGCCGCCUUGAGUCCCAGUCUCGGGAGAUAAAAAAUAAAUUACCGUAUUUUUCGCUCUAUAGGACGCACUUUUUUCCCUUCAAAAAUGAAGGGAAAAUGUGUGUGCGUCCUAUGGAGCGAAGACGCCAUAGUCCCGCGACCCUCUCCCGGCUGGAGAGGUGACGCGCGGCUAUGGCAGGAGCCUCUACAGCCCCGCGUCACCUCUCCAGCCGGGAGAGCGCGCGGGGGCUAAGAAGCACCCCGCGCCCCUCGCCCGGCUGGUGCGGUGACGCGCGGCUAUUGAGGCUCUUGCCAUAGCCGCCUGUCACCUCUCCAGCCGGCAGAGCGCGCGCGGGGCUAAAGCAAGAGCCUCAAUAGCCGCCCGUCACCUCUCCAGCCGGGAGAGCGCGCGCGGGGCUGCUGGAGAGGUGACGAGCGGCUAUAGAAGCUCCUGCCAUAGCCGCCCGUCACCUCUCCAGCCGGGAGAGGGUCGCGGGGGGCUUCUUUAGCCCCGCGCACGCUCUCCCGGCUGGAGUGGUGACGGGCGGCUAUGGCAAGAUCCUCAAUAGCCGCGCGUAACCUCAGCAGCCGGGAGAGGGUCGCGGGGGGCUGCUUUAGCCCCGCGUGCGCUCUCCCGGCUGGAGAGGUGAUGGGCGGCUAUGGCAAGAGCCUCAAGCGCCGCCCGUCACCUCUCCAGCCAGGAGAGGGUCGCGGGGGGCUGCUUUAGCCCGGCGCGCUCUCCCGACUGGAGAGGUGACGGGCGGCUAUGGCAAGAGCCUCAAUAGCCGCCCGUCACCUCUCCAGCCGGGAGAGGGUCGCGGGGGCUGCUUUAGCCCCGCGCGCUCUCCCGGCUGGAGAGGUGACGGGCGGCUAUUGAGGCUCCUGCCAUAGCCGUGCGUCACCUCUCCAGCCGGGAGAGUGCGCGCGGGCUAAAAGCCAUAGCCCAGCGACCCUCUCCCGGCUGGAGAGGUGACGCACGGCUAUGGCAGGAGCCUCUCCGCUGCGCCUUUCCGCUGCUCCCUGAACUGCUCUUUGGGGCUGGUGGUGGGCUUCCCCGCCAGCCCCAAAGAGCUGGUGAAAGGAACCUGAAGCCUGGAGAGCGAGAGGGUCAGUGCACACCGACCCCUCUCGCUCUCCAGGCUUCCAAGAUAGCCGCACCUUGAACGGCACCUUGUUUUAGAGGGGAAAACAAGAGGGGAAAGUUCUCCCCUCUCUGCGCAGCGCCUCCUGCCACUUCGCUGAAGGGGCGCUGGGCAGAGAGGGGGAGAAUUUUUUUUCUUGUUCUCCCCCCUCUAAAACAAAGUGCGUCCUAUUGUCCGGUGCGUCCUAUGGUGCAAAAAAUACGGUAAUUAAAAUGAAAUAAUAACCGUAUUGGUGAUGUAGCACAUGGACUGCACUUUAGCUUGUCAGCCUGGCAUUCCUGUACCUGAGGGUCAAAUUAUUACCAUAUACUGUACCAGGUGUGGGGAACCUUUGGCCCUCCAGAUGCUGCUGAACUAGAACUCCUUUCAGCCGCAGCAAGCAUGGCCAGUCUUCAGGAGUGAUGGGAGUCUGAGGCAACCCAUCCCAUUUUGCCACCUGAGGCGAAAUGGGAAUGUGCUGCUCCCUGCCCCACCUCACUGCUGCGCCUCCACCACUUCUCGGCAAUAGCAAGAGCUUCCCACUGCUGAGCAACAGUGUUUUGCUAGGUGCGGCUGCUCGUCUUCUUUACCUCAUGAGCAGGGGCACUGCCUCUUGCGCUUCCACCACCUGAAGCGGAUGCUUCACGCUGCCUCUUGGGUGGGCUGGCUCUGAUGGAAGUUUGAAGUUCAGUGACAUCUGGAGGGCCAAAGGUUUCCCAUGCCUGCCUUAUUUUAUAGCCUACCAUAUGAAAGCAAUUAACAUGUCAUUUUUGAAAUAGAAAUAGCACCCGAUGGGCUUUUUGAGGAGAAUUACAGCUGUGGGGAGGGAGAAGAGUCGUAGUCCUUCCUCUCCUAUCAUGAUCCCAGAGACAUCAAAUAAGAACCCCAGCUGAUCUUAGUUCCAGAAAGGAAGCUUCCAUUCCUCUGUAGUGACCCCCAAAUCAUAUUAAAAUGUUACAAAACUGACUUGAAUGGGGUGUUUGCAGACUUUUUCAAUGGUGUUUCAAAUAUACACGAUUUCACUUAAACGCACAAUGCCUUGGAAUGUCACCCCCACAUAAAUUGGGAGCUGCCUGUAUUGUGUAUCACUGCAACUCAGGAGAAAAACCCUCUAGUGAAAGGUUUACAGAGCAAAGCAUAAAGUGGGGAGAAACCACAAAAGGAAAGGAACAAGCCACAAGAAUUGGGGCAAGAUGAAGCAUUGAGAAGGGAAAACCAAACAUGAUUACAAGUUCCUCCAAAUAAAAGUCAUAUACAGUACUUGGAUGAGAGUGUCUGUCUGUGUGACUGCCUAUAAAUAUAUGUCACAAAGAGGCACUAGUCAAUGGUAAAGUGCCCUGGGUUGCCAGUGCCUCUUGUAACCUGAAGUUCAUGCACGAUCUUUUCAGAAAAAGGUCUUCUUGAACCAGUUGUCCAGUGUGAAACUUGAGACCAUGUACACCAGCCUUGUCUGCUCUGGCUGGCAGCAGUUCUCCAGGGGUGCAGGUGGAUUCCCACCCACCCCCCAUCAUCUGCAACGUAGGAGACUGCCUUAUAUUGAGUCAGACCAUCUAUCUCAGUGUUAAAUCCACACAGCAGCUCCCCAGGGGCAUUCAGACAGUGAUCUUUCUCAGUCUUACCUGGAAAUGCCAGCGAUUGAAUUUGAGACUGUCUGCAUGCAGAGUUUGUGCUCUAUUAAGGAGUCCCAGCCCUUCCUUAAGCUGUUUGGAACAGAGAAAGCUACUUGAUUCUUUUAAAGCAAGGGGAGAAGAAGAGUCCACAAUUUCAUGCCAGGAUGUAUUGGCCUUUGAACUUUUUUUUUUUAAUUAUUCACAAACUAUAAUGGUGGUGGUAAUAAUACUAAUAAUGAUGAAUUUCUUGGAUCCCACCCAUCUGACUUGGUUGCCACAGUUACUCUGGGUGGCUUCCCACAAUAACAGCUGUUAUUUAUCUCUUGUGGCCAGGAUAUCGGUGUGUUUGACUACUAUAAAGACCUAAUUUCCUUUAGAAUAUGCGGAGAACCUUAUCAUCUGAUGAGGUUCAUUGAUCCUAAAGAGGUAAGGGUUAGAUUGAAGAGGAUCAUUGUUUUAACUUCACUGUUUCACUACUAACUGUCAACUAUUAUUUAUUUAUCUGUUAUUCAUGCAUAAUAGUAUUUAUACACUACCCUCUUGCAAAACUCGGGGGGGGUUACAACAACAUAAAAAUACUUAAAAGCGAUACAUAGCAAUUAUUAAAAUGGCUGACUACUCAAGAAAGGUUUUAGAGAGCUACAUACUAUAGACCUGUUGACAGUAAAUUAUCAUACCAAUAAUUAACUGUGUCUGUUGCUAUGAAACACUCAGUUUUGACUCCAGUAGACACAUUUAAUGUGCUUUGACAUCACAAUCCUAUAAGUAUUGCUAUAUGUAUCCUAUAUGUAUUCCUGCACUGCAGGGGGUUGGACUGGAUGCCCUUCUCUUCCAGCUCAACAAUUCUAUGAUACUCUGAAUCUUUGUAUGUUCAGUGGAGCUUACCUUCAGGUAUGUAGGUACAGAACUGCAGCCUUAGUGUGCUGAAAGUGAGUUUUGCAAAUCAAUAUUUAAAAACCUGUUUGCCUACCUGCCUGUCCUCCUUUUCCCCCCUGCCUCAUCUUGCUAGCCAUAAUUUUGAGAUCUCCAUGAAGCAGUCAGUUUAUAUAAUUUUAGAUUAAUUGUUCCAGCCAAAUUUCUGCAGGUAAUUAGGUAUAGGAUUGCAGCUCCUUAAUGCGCUAUAAACUAGGUUUGCAAAUAAUUAUUGUUAACUGGCUAGAACAGCAACAACAACAAAGCAAAGCAGUAAUCAAGAUUUAAGAGAAAUAGGGAGCUAAACAAGAGUCUACAACCCAAAAAGCUUAGACAUAUCUGUUCUCCAAGGGUCUCAUAACAAACAAGAUGCCAUAAUUAUUUUCCUUUGGUUACAGGCAGGAUUUAUAGAUGCUGCAGCAGGGAUUCAUAUAAGAUUCAGACUAGGUGGGGUAAGUAUAACUUAGAUUAGGGGUGGGGCAUCUCAGGCCCAGGAACCAAAUGUGGUCUUCCAGACCUCUCUGCCUGGCAAUCUCCCUGGGUCACUCCAUUUCUCCCCAGGCUUGUUUUGCAUGACACCUCCAGUGUUUUCACCUGCCUGGAAUGUAUUCUUGAACUCUGCUAAUGCCCCUUGCUUGUCUGGAUGGAGAAUAGUAUGGCAGUAUGUAUGGCAAUUAGUCUCCUGCACAAAGAUAAGAUUGUGGUUCAUUGCUCUGCCCACAGCUGGCAUGUGGCCCUAGGAAGAUUGCUGUGAAUGGAAUGAGGCCCCCAGGCUGAAAAGCAUUCCUCACCCUUGGUUUAGAUGAAUGUCAAAAGUGCAAAUGAUACCUAAACAUCUUAAGGUAAAGGUAAAGGGACCCCUGACCAUUAGGUCCAGUCGUGACCGACUCUGGGGUUGUGGCGCUCAUCUCGCUUUAGUGGCCAAGGGAGCCGGCGUACAGCUUCCGGGUCAUGUGGCCAGCAUGACUAAGCCACUUCUGGCGAGCCAGAGCAGCGCACAGAAACACCGUUUACCUUCCUGCUGGAGCGGUACCUAUUUAUCUACUUGCACUUUGACGUACUUUUCAACUGCUAGGUGGGCAGGAGCAGGGACCGAGCAACGGGAGCUCACCCCGUCAUGGGGAUUCGAACUGCCAACCUUCUGAUCGGCAAGUCCUAGGCUCUGUGGUUUAACCCACAGCGCCACCCACGUCCCUAAACAUCUUACAUACUUUAUAUUGCAUAUUUUGAAGUCUGUUAAAUGUAAAUUAAUAAAAUUGAGAUUUUCAGACUCUAAUACUCUCCCUAGAAAAGUAAUCUUCAUCUACAUGGAAAGCUAAUACAUCAGGGAGAAGGAUUUUAUCUUAGCAAUUAAAUGGUCGACCUGGGAAGAUGAGUCCUACAUGUUAUUUCUGCUCAUUUGAAUUAAAUACCUGUAAAAAUUGCUUUCUGUUCUCCAGUCUGUCAAAUGCAAAUGAUAAUGAGUUCCAUCAUAGGCCCUAAAUGUAAGUUUUAGGGAAAUGCAGAAUCCAGUCUGCUUCCAGUUCUGAGAGGAACUAAAAUUAAGGGCCAUUUACGACAACCAACAGAGAAUUAAAAAAAAUAACAAUAACACUUUUUUUUAAAAGUGCAGUAGUCAAUAAUCAAGUUUCUCAUUUUUAAAUUGUAUAUGUCUCUGCAGGUGAAGUUUCCUCCAUGUGUAUAUUACAAGAUAUUUACCCACAGACCUGUUGUGGAUCUAUGUGCAAACAGUCCCAAAGACUACGCAAAGCUAGCAGCCAAGUCAAGGCAACGACGAAGUUUCCAGGAAGCAAGCUUUGACGAUCACAGGGAUUGGUACCAACGCAUAGAGAAUAAUGGCUGGAGACUCCUUUCCAACAGAGUAAUAAAAUAAAAGCAUUUUCAUCUGCUGCGUCAUUCUCAAAUACCAGCAAAGCUAAUUUAUAUGACAUGACAAGGUGCCUGGUGGUGCUGAUAUACCUGUAGGAGCCUCUCCACCCCCAUCAUUCAGACCGGACACUGAGGUCCAGCUCCGAGGGCCUUCUGGCGGUUCCCUCACUGCGAAAAGUGAGGUUACAGGAACCAGGCAGAGGGCCUUCUCGGUAGCGACGCCCGCCCUGUGGAAUACCCUCCCAUCAGAUGUCAAGGAGAAACAACUAUCUGACUUUUAGAAGGCAUUUGAAGGCAGUCCUGUUUAGGGAAGUUUUUAAUGUUUGAUGUUUUAUUGAAUUUUAAAGAUUUUGUUGGGAGCUGCCCAGAUUGUCUGGGGAAACCCAGCCACAAGGGCGGGGUAUUAUUAAUAAUAACUAUUAUUAUUAUUAUUAUUAUUAUUAUUAUUAUCAUCACUAAUCAGGCUGCAACAUUCAGGUUCUGAUUGUGGGCUUCCCAUGGGCUUCCCUGGUUGUCCCCUAUGAAAUCAGGAUGUUGGACAGAUGGGCUCUUCUCGUGUUCUGAAAAGUCCAGUUAGCUAAAAUUACUGUUCUAACUGGGGAUGGGGUUUUAACUUGGGUUUGUGUUGUUUUAUUUAUUUUAUUUAAAUUAUUUUAAAAUGUCAAUUUGGAUUUUUGUAUUUGUGGGCUGGGGGUUGUUUUGGGGCUUUUGUUGGGGAGUGUAUUUUUUAUUAGUUUGUAUACAUUAGAAUUGCUUAUUGUUUUAAUUAUUUUUAUUACGUAUUUUGUGCUUUUGUAUUGAAACUUUUAUGUUGUGAACCCACCUGAGACCGGUGGGUAUAUAUACAAUUUUAAUGAGAAUAAAGGGAGAAAGCUCUAGGAGAGUGUCCUAGAGUAUCACAAGGAAGUACAAGUGAGUAUACCAUUCGGAUUUGAGUUUUCUGCAGCCAGUAGCGAGUUCAACAGAUUGUGGAGUACAAAUAGGGUACCACAUGUAUACCUCUGGUACACUAACAGAUUAUAAUGUGGCAGUGGCGGCAGCAAUGCUUUUAUUUAUAAAGAUAUUUACAUACUGCCAACCCAUACGAAACAUCAAAGCGAUGUACAACCGUAUAUAAAAGUAUAAUGAAACAUAAAACACCAUAGAAACAAUUAGGGAAAAACCAUCAUUAAAAUGACUGGCUAACCAAGAAAUAGCUGCAUAGAUAUGUCAGCAUAAAAAGAUCUUCAAAGAGAUGCUUGAAAGUCAGUAGUGAGGCUGCUAUUAUUAGUAAGCUGCUUCCUUCCUGGGAACUUGUAAGAGCACCAAAUUAGGAAGUGCCUGGGAUGGCUUAAUUAAGUUGUAGGGAAGAGCAGGAGGGGAAAAAAAUACGUUCCCAUGUAUUGGAGUUCUUGUGCUGAUAUGUAUACCUGAGGAGGAUGUCUGUAUGAAUCGAUGUCAGCAAAUGCCAACUAUUUUUUGCCCUGCAUGUCUGAGGCCUUGGUUCCCAUGUUUUACCAGGCAGCAUGGAUCUUUCUGGAGUUAAGAGACUACCAGAACACCUAAGAUGACAGCAAGGCUAAACUCUGUGGUAGCAUCCUCUAUCCUCUGUAUUACAACAAACACAACCAUUCUCUGAUGUUCCUCUGCCCUUGCAAGCAACUGUCAGUUAAGCGGAGCAUGGGCAAGAAGAACUGAAGCUCAUUGAUUUUAUUUUUAUUUUGCUUCACUACAAAACAAGAGGGGGAGAGGCAAGGAAGUUACAUUUCGGUGGCUGUACAGGAACAGCAAUAUCCUCUGCAGAGCUGUGUGUGACCAGGAAAUUCAUAUAUAGUGGUACCUCGGGUUACAUACGCUUCAGGUUACAGACUCCGCUAACCCAGAAAUAUUACCUUGGGUUAAGAACUUUGCUUCAGGAUGAGAACAGAAAUUGUGCUUUGGCGGCGCGGCAGCAGCAGGAGGCCCCAUUAGCUAAAGUGGUGCUUCAGGUUAAGAACAGUUUCAGGUUAAGAACGGACCUCUGGAACGAAUUAAGUACUUAACCCGAGGUACCAAUGUAGAGACAGUGGCAUAAAUGGAGAAAGAAGGAGGUUAGCAUUGACAAGGGUCAGAAAAUUAUUACGCAUUUGUAACAGUUUGUGAAAAAAUGUGUUUCAGUUUUGGAAGGGCAUGGAUCCCUUAACUGCUAAAGACAACAUCCGAAUAAAGGAAUUCCACUACUGCAAGGUGCAGAAGAAACAAGCUGUAGAAAGAAAAAGAAAAAGAAGAAAAAUAGAGUGGCUGAAAAAAAUGUGAGCUUCUGCAGGUUUGAAGUGCUGUACAUAACAGUGAACUGUUUUAAUUUUAUCUUCUGAAUAAUUUUAUUACCAUUCAUACAGUUGUCAUGAUAAAGGCCUCCUCCUUCAGGCACUAUAUUCAUUGGCCAACUAGACACAGUUUGCUAUAAAUCAUAGGUUAAAAAGUUCCAUCGCUUUUGCUGGCUCAUUUCGGCCCCACCAAGCCCAAAGCAUCCUGCCAGCCAAGUAGGGUGGCCUUCUGGGAUCUUAAUAAAACACCUGUGUUUACUGUGUUGGAAAAUGCCUGAAAUGGAAAAACAGACAGCAGGUGAUGCACUUUGAAGUCACAAUUGUGCUGCCGAUUAAACUUCUGAAAACCAGUGAUUUAAAGAACAGCAAGGGGAUUUUACAACACAGAGGUUUUACAACAUAGUCCUGUUUGGCUCUUGGAACCUCUGCUUUUUGGAGGUUUGAAAAGCAGAGAUGGGGAGGGAGAAGGGCUUUCCAUUCAAUGGAAACUGCUUCAGCCUCCCACUGCCAAUGGGCAGGUACAAGCAUGUCUUGCUCUCCUGCCAGCUGUCCGUACUGUAAGGGAAAUGAGCUCAGAGGGAAACUACAUGCAAAAAGAAGAGACACUGGUUUAUCAAAAGGUGAUCAGUUGACAAGACAGUCCUGGUGAUAACACAAUCCCCCGGCCUUGGUGUCACAUGUAGUGUGAGAAAAUCUGCGCUUUCCACUCAAGCAACAGGUGAAAGAAUUGAAUUGCCUGAUAAAUUUUAAUUCAGCAGUUUCAUCCUGGAACUUCCUUUUAAAGUUCCUUUGUUCAAGGAUGGCCAUCUUAGGAUCCGAUAUAGAGGUGUCCUGAGAAGUUUAAACUUGUUACUUUCCAGGUAUUAACAUGAACUUUCAGUGUUCAGAAAGUAGCAGAAAACUAGCAACCUCCUAGGGUGUUUACAUUGUCAUGAACACUGCCUUGUUGGUGGUUCACUGCUUUUAGGCAGUUGUCACUGCCCUUUUUGUGUUAAAUCUCCAUCUAACCCCCUCUCCCUUUCAUGUAUGAUAGCCAGUUUAGGAUUGCUUUUCAUGCAUAUGAAGAUUUGAUGCCAUAGUUAAUGCAUUAGCCUUUAAGGUACCACAGGACACAGUUAUUUUUGCUACCCCUUUGUAAAAUGAAACGUCUGCUCCUGUUUCCUAGGUACUUUGGCGAAAGCCUGCAAACUAAAACUGAGGACACAAAUGCAACAGUAUUAAUUCAAAGAGCAGCAGAAGGGUUAAUCAACACUCUGAAGGAUGAGGGGAUAGAUAACGUAAUGGAAUGGGAAGUGGAUGAAUUGCUGAAAUGGACAAAUGCACUCAACUACGAAGAGUAAUUUGACUUUUUAUUCUUCAUCCAAGUCUUAAUUAUUUAUUGUCAAAAAGGCUGCUCUUAUUUUUAAAUAUCCAGGUUAUGUGUUAAUGGCAGCAUAGUGCCAUAUUACCAUAUUACCUAUAUUUCAAAGCAUUAAGCCAUUCCGGGGAGAGUGUUUCUGCUAACCUCUGUUCCAUUUUACUGAAUGGACUUUGUUGUCCCUAGGUAUGUUAAGGAAUGGAAAGAAAUUGGAACAAGCAGGAUUUCCAGCUGCAUCCAAGGUAAAGGACCUCUGCCUCUUUCUGGCAAAUCUCCAUGUAAUUUUCCAGCAUGGGAGACCCAAUUGACACACAGUGCUGGCAGAAUAGCUGUGUUGCAGCUACCUGCAUGCUGGUAACAUGAUUCCUGUUAAUUUACAACCAAAGCAGAGUCUUUCUCUAAAGUGAAUGGCUGUGGAUAGAAGUAGCAUGAAUCGUGUGAGCAGAUCUAGUUAUCACCUUACCAACCUAAUUGUUUGGGUUGAGAGCUAAGUGAUAGCCGCACGGACUGUAUAAUGCAUUAUUUGGAUCUGUUUUGCAUUUUUCUUCAAGAAUCUUCACUUCAUUAAGUGUUUGCACAGUAGAAGUUGCUGCAUGCAUCUGCAUUUCACAGCUGGCUCUAAAAUUCAUUCUCUGAAUUUCAUGAAACAUGUUAAUGCCUAAAUUUCAGAGGUAUUGAAGAAUGUGUGUAAAGAACAUUGCUUAGAGAAUUUUUGCUUAGAUUUAUUGCAUCUUCAGUAACCUCACUGUUGUCGUAUGGUAAAGAGAAAACAGUUCUGUCCCAGUUAAGAAGUGAAGUAUGGAAUUUGAGGGAAUUCUGUGGCAUUGUACCAAUUAAGGGUGUUAACUAGUUCAAAAGGCAUGUUUUUUCUAGUUAUGUUUGCUGUUUGGUUUGGUUAUAUUAUUCAAAAUGUAAUAACUGACAUUAUUGUCAACAUAUUACUACUGACACAGAGUGACUGUUCUGCAAUUCUGUAUAAAUGCAGAAAAAGUGCUGAGCUUGGCAGCAGGCAAGGAAUCUUAACAGCAUGUAAAACCGCAAGUAAUUCUAUAAGACUACUCAGAAUUUCAUAGCAGAGUUGAAAUUUGAAUGGAGUGCAUCCCAACUAAUAGCUCUUACUACUGUAACUGCUGUUUAACAUCAUCUACGAAUAAACUUCUGAACACAACGUUCCAUUUGAAAUAGUCAUUUAAAAUGCAUUUCUUAAAUUUCAAUUCUGAUCUUUAGGUUUCCAGUUUACUGACAAACCAAUCAUCUCUUUGGAAUUGAAUGAGAUACCAAACACCAUCAAGCAACUAGUAGAGUCACAAAUGCAUUCGGAUAAAAAGAGUCAGCGCAAGGUAAACACUUCGUACAGUUCAGUGGCAAAACUCACCUGACAGCUCUACAAGCAGCAGCUACAGCAGCAGCAAAACAAAGCUUCAGAAGACAGAUAAGCAACAAAGAACCUGCAUGUUGAAAGAUAAGUAGCUAUCUCUGUGUACUUGUGUAUUUCGCAGCCUUAUUUGUCCUGGCACAUUAACACAAAAUCCAAAAGUAUUUUAAGUCAAACCUUAUUCCAGUAUUGUGGUGAAGCACAUUGAAUAAAGGAGUUGCUUCUGGAAAUGCAGAUACUGUUUUAAACUUGUAUGUCUACUAGCUGAAAGUGCCUGGUGUUGCCCAGACAUUCUAAGGACCCUCAAAAUAGUGAGAUGUAUGAACAGGUAGUCAGUUGUUUGUUUUAGAGCCGAGCAUAGCAGAUACCCCCCCCCCCCACUCCCUGCAGUCCAGGGGACCUAACCCAGAUCCGUGUCAGGUCUGCUUGGUCCCCCCAUUGUCAUCUCACACACCCCCAGCAACAUCACUGCCCAUGUCCCCACUGGGCACGGCUCAGGCCCCAGAUGUACCCACCAACAAUGCCAUCUUGUCCCACUCUAUGGCUGCUGUUGCUGCAUUGUUGGAAACUUGCCUCACUUGCCACCUUGCCAAAAAAAAUCCCAACGCCUGCAUCAACGGUUGCCAUUGCUUCUUGGGCCAUUAAUGGAUGACGAGAAACUGUCCAACCACUGGCACUGAGAUAACAUGGGUGGAUGGGAAGUAACUAGUCCUGCCCCCCCCCCCAAGUCCUGGGAAUCUCUGUGGCCUCAGACACGCUCUUUUCAGUUCUGCUACCUUACCAAGCAUUUGUUCUUGGUUAGCAGUUUGUGGUUUGUCUGGAGACCAGUCCCAUGCUCCCAUAUGGAUGCCACUGUUGCUCAGCUCACAGCAGUAGGACUAAAGGAGUAAAGUAGUCACAGUCUCCCUCUGCUCUGAGAGUACUGUUCUAAACCAUGGUUUGGCUUACUGCUCAGUUUUUCUAUACUACUAUAUUUAGUCUCUUACAGGACAAAUGUAAAAAAGAUUUUGGAGACAAUACUUGUCUAUAACAGCAUAGCUUUAUUUCACAUACAAGAGUUUUGUCACUAGCUUUUGAGCUCUACAGGAUUCUUGUCAGGAUCCGGUGGAUGUUAUUACCCAUUUUGUAGUGAAUCAAUACUCCAAUAGCACAGAAUGCAAUACCAAGUACAUAAACAAAUUGUUUCCUUCCAUGGCAAACACAUGCCAGAAACUAUUACUGAAAGGUAAAUACAUGUUUUCAUAUAUCUUAAACUUACUUAGUGUUUAUAUUCAUUUAUAGUGCCCCUUUUCCCUCCCAAGGAUUACAUAAUCAGUGGUGGGGAUAAAAGAGCAAUUUACAUUUUUAAAACAGUAACACAACCAUUAGAAAUUGAAUGCAUGUUGUUUAAACACAAAAUAUUGGAUAAAGCCACUAUUUCCAUGAUAGAAAACAGGUUAAAAAAAAUAUAUCAUUUUUCACAUGGUAAGAUUUUGCUAGCUAAGAGUAACAAAAAUAAUAUAUUUUUGAAAACUGAAAAUUCAAUUAUCAGCAUUUACAAAAACCAAAAGGGUACCCAGAUUAUUACAAUGAAUAGUUAAUAGAUCUAUUUUCUUAAGGCAAAUAAUUGCAGCCAUCAGUAACAGUAAUCUAUUGUGAGUUUACACUGUGCAUAUGAUUUUUAAUUCUUCUACGUAUUUUUCUUCCCAGUUUUGAUAUGGAGCCUUGUUUUGGGCAAUGUACUUGUCAGCUUUAAGUCUAAUGUAUCAUUUCAUAACACUUCAGUUUCUUGUCUCCAGGUUUAAAGCAAUGGAAAACUUUGUGCACCUUCCAUAUGCCAUAGAUCAGGGACUUCUAAAUGUUAGUUAUCUAGCAUGGAUAGUGAUCAUGGUUGGCACACACUUGUAGCCUCCUGUCAGUGUUGUGGCGCCCUCUUGGUGAAGUACAUUGCAUAGCAGCAAAACAAGGGGACCACUGUGCGCAUUCCACUAUCAGUUCUGAUGAUUUUAAAUACAGCAGGAACAAAGUUCUCUUGCGUUGCAGCAACAUUUUCUACUCAUUAAGACCAACCCCGCAUUUUCACACCCAGGCUUUCCACCCUGGAAAGAGGCGGCUGAGAUUCUUUGGGUCCCUGGCUUGCUGUAUGAGAAGGUUCACCUGACCUCCUACACUGAGCACUGUCCCCUCUUCCACACCUUUAAGCUUCUCCUGAAGUCGCAUCAGAACACGCUCUGCCACUUUAUUAAACGUCUGGUUAUCACUGUUGAGAAUUAAAAAAAGUAAGAAAAUAUAAAUUGCAGAGCCUCGCAGAUGUUCAUGUUAGUCACAACCCCCAUCCCCGGUAGUGAUUUCUUACUUUGAUUUUUUGUUACAUCCCUGAUCAGCACCAUUGAGACUUGAGUUGAUGUCUGUCUCAUCCUCUGGCCUUUGCUGCAAAUACAAAGCUUUCAAGGGAUUCAUGGUCCAGUCAAAAAGUGGGUCAUACAGAAGCACCUGUAAAACAAGGCAAAAAUAUGUAUCUAAAUGAAGCUAGCUCAAUGCCCUAAAAAGGCAGGCAAAUAAAGAUUCCAUGUUUGUAGGAGAAUCUUUAGACUGGCAAUGUUGUUCAGCAUGUGAAUUAAAUGUUAAGAUUUGGUCCCAUCUUGGUAAUAAAACAUUUCCAUUAUUUU